GUCAGUAUUACAGCGGCAGUAGUCACCUCCACUCCGCCCAGCAACUCCCAGGCGCGACGCGACGCAACCCGGAGUUAAGGUGGCUCAGGUGUUAUAAGUGAAUCAACCUCCCCUCUUAUCUCCAUCCCGGCCACUUUCGUCUCUUGUUGAAGUCCUUUUUAGCGGCCGAGUUGUUCUGUCCUACUGCAGGAACAGUCUAUUAAUGACGUGCUGCAGGCUGCCUCUGUUAGCGACCUGCAGCAGUUUGUAUGAACACUUAUCCUCGGUACACAACUUUUGACGUCAUGUUGUCUGACCCCAUUGUUGGUGGUCGGUAACGAGACAUAUUCCUGGGAAACAUUUCUGCCCGUCGUUUGGAAGAUUGUGAUUUUAACUUUCAGGGAAACAUCACACGCGUAGUGAACCAAGUGAGUGUACAGUUGAGUGGGUAGUACUGUGAGCCAAGUUGUGAUCCAAACUGUGAGACAAAUUGUGAGACCCAUGGGGAGUGUUGGUGAAGAUAACGUAAGCCCUACAAGCGAGAGUAACGCUACCAGAAGGUGGCUGAGGAAACAUCUCGCUCACAUUAUGGAAGCAAGUUCUGGCUUCACCCCAAGUAUUGAGGGGAAGACCCACACGCUGAACCCACUGAGGAUUUUGGCCACCAAGACCAGCAGGAUGGUGGGAGGUGGGCUGGAGGAUGCGACCCCCGGCAGCCUUGUGAAGGACUGGCUGGAGGGACACAGUAACCAAUCUACUGACCUCCUGACGUUGCUGUCUAUGGAGGGGGACGCGCCUGACCCUCACACUCUUCGAAGAGUUCUCAACAACUUACUUCAAGUCGAGACAACUCCAUAUCACAACGAUGACUUGGAGAACGAGGCGUCUAGUGAUCUGCCCUUCCAGAUGCCCGUAUACCAACAGGUGCUCUGGGUCCUCGCCUUCGGGGUGAUGAUUCUCGGAGCUUGUAUCGGCAACACUAUCGUCAUCAGGAUCGUGUUGGGUAACCAGAGGAUGAGGACAACAACCAACUACUUCUUGGUGAACCUGUCGGUGGCUGACCUCUUCAUGACCCUCUUCAACUGCAUCUUCAACUUCGUCUUCAUGUUGAAAAGUCAUUGGGCGUUCGGGAGCAUUUACUGCACCAUAUCACAGUUCGUGGCUCAUGCUUCCCUCGCCGCCUCUGUCUUCACCCUUGCCGUCAUCUCCUUCGACAGGUUCCUGAACGUAAUGCGACCUCUGAAGCCUCGGAUGUCAGCCUGUGUGUGUCGACUGCUGCUGUGUAUCAUCUGGGUGGUGGCGGCUUCCAUAGCUGCCCCCAUCCUGCCCUACGCCACCACCAUCCAGUACGACCUGGGUGGACGGACAAUCUGCGUUAUUCUGUGGCCGGAUGGUUUGGCUUCAGUCUCCCAUAUGGAUUAUGUGUACAAUGUGGUGAUCUUGGCUGUGACCUACGUGGUGCCCAUGACUGCUAUGGUCGUCUGCUACGCCGUCAUAGGCUGUAAGCUGUACGACCGACGCUCUGCCAAAACGUCACGACAGGCCGACAAUUUCAAAAGCAAAAGGAAAGUGGUGCAGAUGUUGGCGCUACUGGUCGGGGUGUUCGCUCUCUGCUGGCUGCCGUAUCACGUGUACUUUAUCCUGGUACACCAUCACCCACAGCUCAGCACCAGACCCUACGUACAGCACAUGUAUCUGGCCUUCUAUUGGCUAGCUAUGUCCAACGCUAUGAUCAACCCCAUUGUCUACUACCUCCUCAACGCCAGGUUUAGGUACUUCUUCCGUCAGUUGUUUGCCGAGAUGCAGGGGAACCUUCGUAGCUGUGUGAAAACAUCUGACCCCAGCUCCUCUGACUUCUCCGCUGACGAUGACCCCUUCGCCCUUCAUCUUCAGCUUAUCGGUGACCCAGGCAGGUGUGUGGGUGGGCGGCCGCCUCUCCUCAAACACAACAACACCGCCCACUCCCCGCUGCCGCUCUCUCCUCACCACGACCACCCAGUACUGCCAUAGUUCAUCAAUAUCUCCUUCAUCACGCAACACAAACUUAUAAAAUAUCAGCAUAAGUCUUCAAUAUUUUUUUUAGAGGUAUUCAGAAGCGCCGCCCUCAUAACCUGUGACAAACGUUGUAGAGAUGUUUUUUUUUUUUCAUAUUCAAGUUAUGUUUAUAGAAUGUCAUAGUCACUCGCUACCUCCAUGACAACAUUAUAUACAUACAAGUUAAAUAGAUGUUUAUAAAUAUGUCCUUAAAUAUUCGGUAUAUAUAAGUCACCAAAAAAUUAAACAUUACAAAUCCUUAUCAUAACUAGAUUAAAUAUCGAGUGAAUUUUCCCCACUGGAUAAUUCUGUACAAACUUUAAACACAUAUCAAUAAAUAAUUCCAAAAAUACCUGAUCUAUUUCUAAAUUAUCAAAGAAUAUCAUAACAUUUAUUAACAAUUAUCACAACCCGAUAAACACAUUGUAGAAACAUAUAUAUUUUCAUGAAGACAUUUUUAUGAUUCGUUCAGCUGAAUAAUAAGAGUCCCCCCGGUACAACUUUUUUUUCACAAAUUAUAAAUAACCAAAUUCUAUGACAUACUUUAAUUUCCAUGAAUAUUUUUAAAUAGAUAAAAGACACAUUAUUUUAGGUGUCAGAAGUAAGGGUAGUAUUUGUAUCACUUGGUACCUGUCAGAUAUAUAUAUAUUUCCUUAGCGUGUCAAAUAAGAGUCUCCUCAUUAAUGUUGCGUCACCGAACCAGUCACUCUAUAGCAGUAAAUCAGAGAUGACGUGUGAGUUACAUACGUGUUUGUUGAUCUCAGUAAUUACGGUUCGUGUUUCUUAGUCACCAUAGUGUAUAUCUUUAUUCUCACUAUUUAACUCCGUCUAUCUUUUCUAUAU